UGAUCUAAAUCCAUCGAUCUCCGCAUCUAGGGUUUCCAUUUCUCCCCCAAAUAAUUUUCAACCUUUUUUUUUUAAUUUAUGGAGACCAAACCCAAGGUACGUUGUUAAUCACACUUUACUUCCUCCAAUUUCGUUUUGGCCCCAUGAAUUGUUUGUUUCUAGCUUCGGAAUUCACUUCUGCUUCAAUCAAUCAUUGCAAUCAAUAUUCCGUUUGGGGAUUGAAUCAUUGAUUUUGAGGUCUUGGAUAAUCCCGUGAGCUGGAAUGAUGGUUGGUUGUUCUCGAUCUUGAUCUGGAUCAUCACUUUGGAGUGUCGUACUUGAGUAAUGGUGUUUUCCAGCUGCGAUUAGGCGAUUUUCUUAUAUAUGGAGAACGAUUGUUUGGUUCGGGAAUUAGUAGAGGAUAAUGAGGGAAUUGCGAGUGAUUUGAUUUUGGAUAAACUGGGGAGUGCGAGUGAAUCUAAGGUUCAAGCUAAUGGUUCUCAUGGAGUGGGAAAUAGCGAUAGGGAUGAGUUGAAUCUGAAGGGAGCUGAUGUGGAGCUGAAGCCUGAUGUGUCGACUCCGACUCCUACGAGGAAAGGGUUUGGAUUGAAGAAAUGGAGGAGGAUCAAGAGAGAUGUUAACAGAGAUGGGGAUAGUGGCAGUGACGCUGUUGCUGUGGUGGCGCAGGACUCUCCGCGUGAGGUGUCGUCUAACCCUAGCAAACGGGUGCAGAAGAGCGAGGGCUCUGUUUCUUCCACGAAUGCUGUGGUUAGGAAUUUCGAUGGUUCUGCGCUGCUUGAUGAGUCGAGUUUGGGACUGAGUCCAUCGUUUGCAGCUGGAACAGAUUCUGAGAAUAGUGAGGAUCGGAGUAGCAAGUCCUCUACUGCAGCUAGUGCUCCAAGGAUGAGGUAUGAGAUACCGGUGAUUGGGGGAUUUCCACGCGAUAAGAGCAAGAUAAGUAGUUACAAUGGGAAGAAUUUGACGCAUGCUGUGCAGUAUGGCCAGCAUGGAAAAGGUCGGAUUGAGGGCAGCAAGAAGGCUAGAGGAGAACGGGUCAAAAUCGAGAAAGAAAACUCUCAUUCCAGUGUGGAAUCUGACUCGCGGAGCUCCACUUUUGUGUUUAUGCAGGGAGCCUUCUCUUUGAAUAAUGGGAGACUGAGUGAAGGAAUAAAUGAGUAUGAUGGACAAAAUGGCGACGAAGUUCAGGGCAUUGAGAAGCACGUAAACGAUGGAAAUCAAAGUGUAUAUGGCAAUGAUAGUGGGAGGGGAGGGUUUGAGGACUUGUCACCUGAAGAAGGAAAUGAGAAUCAUGGUCCCAUAAGAGAUAAGGAUCCGCUAUCUGAAUCUAUGCGCGCACUCCAAUCUGCACAAGAAGCACUAGAAGCAGAGGUGCUUAAGUUUAAGGAAAUUGGAAAUGAUGUAUCAGUAGAUGGUCCUGUUUCAGAUUUAUGCAAUGAGUUCAUAGAUGUAGAGCAAAAACUUCAAGAAACAAGCGGUGAGGGCUCACAAAGCUUUUUGCGAUUACAAAGAGAAACUAGUGAUGUUGUAACCGAGCUGGAAGACCUCUUCAAGCAGAAGGUCGAAGCUGAACUAGAGUAUUUGGUAUUAUCAAGAACGGUACAAAAGAUGAGGGUUGCAGCUGUUGAUCAAAUUACUGUAUUAGAAGAACAAAAGGCUCUGAGUUCAGUGCAGACGCAGGUACUUGACCAGCUCGGAGAUGCUGAACACAAGGCUGCUUCGCUUAAGAAACAGGCUGACAAGUUGGAGAACUUCUGCGAAGAAAUUGCAAGUGCGGACGAAAUAUUGAAGCUGCAGAAGGGGGCGUUUAAAUACGGUUCUUGUUUCUUGAUGCAACUAGUUUUGUUGUUCGUCAUCUUGGGCGUAUUUAUACUCCAAUUUUCGGGAGAUUACGCGGAGGUUGUUCCCACCUAGUUCUAGUUCUAGUUCUAGAGCUCUUGACUUCCUUCCCUCCUUUUUUACCGGUGAUGGCUACAUCUUUUUCUUCCAGAAGUAGAUGUGUAGAUCAAUCCCUUGAGUAAGCUCUCUUCUUAUAAAGAAGUUCAAUGUGUAUUGCCCUGAUUUUGCAGCCCUUUCUUUUUGUUUCUUCACUUUUUAUGUAAUAAAGAUUAUCCCUUUAUACAAAUUCAGGAUAUGAAGAUGUUGAUUGUUGAUGAGAA